AUGGCUUCUGCUAGCACUCCUUUAGAAAAUGAAAGUCCAGUAGAAGACUACAGUACAUUUCAAAGUAUCAUGCGACAUGUCAUGUCGUUGAAAGACCCAUUGGUUUCUAUUCUUCUCAUUCGUCAUCCGCCUGUGCGCACAAGUGUUGAAGCAUCGAAUCAACGACAAGUUCCCUUGCAUAGCGGAGCGAAAGCGAUGCUUGUUUGUCAGAAAAAUACAGAUCAAUUCACUCUAAUUGUUCUUCCAGCUCAUCUAUCUUGCGAUACUAAGAAGAUUGCAGUGGUCCUCGGAGUACCAUCAUCAAAAAUACGCAUGGCUACAGAGGAUGAAGUUCGACAAAUCACUGGCUGUAUACCUGGUGCUGUUCCUCCAUUUGGCUCACUCUUUCCUCAGAAGGUGCGAACACUGAUUGACGGGAAAAUGUCGCAAUCGACAUCGCAUCCUCCGCCGUUAACUUUCAAUCCUCAAGUGAAAUUAUUUUCGACGAAUGAUCCUGAAUGGCCGAGUGAUUUGGCACACGUUGCUUUACCAGAAUUUACCGACCAUGAACGAAAUGAUUGUAUUAAUUUCAAUAUUGGCCUACGUACUGUGUCAUGUUCAAUACCGUUCAGUGAUUAUCUGAGAGUUUUAGGAGAGAACAGUUAUUCUAUUUGUGACAUUUCAAAAUAA